AUGAAAUCGAAGAGUGGCGGCGGAUUGUUUGGCAUCUUCAAAAAGGUAAGAGCAAAAAUGAGCUGAAAUUUUGUAAAUUCUUGUGCGAAAGUUACGAAAUUCGGUGAAGUUUCUGAUAACGGGUCUCGCCACGCCACGAACGAACUUUUCUGUUCAACUUUUGGCAUAGUUGGAUCAUUCGAUCGGAACCAAACUUUGCAAGCUUCUUGGAUUAUCUGGUCCCGAGAUGUGUUGAGCAGAGGCCGAAAAGUCCAGGUUCUUGCGAUUAUGUAUGCUUUUUCGGGCUCUGGGCCAAAACUUGGACCCAGGGUACUUUCAUACAAAGUUAAGAACUUAGCAACGUUUGGUUCCGAUCGGAAUAAUCCAACUAUGUAUGCCAAAAUGAUCAAAGCCUGGGCCGAUUGAGACAUUUCCUCGGUAUCUGAAAACCCUCAUAAUUUCAGAAGACGACGGCGGCUCCGGCAGCGCCAGCAGCGCCAGCUCCUUCUCCUCCAAACAGGUUUGUGUCUAUGCCAAAGCGCCGCCCCUUUUUGGAUAAAGCUAUUCCUCAGUUUUCCAUGUGUCAACAGUCAUUUUCUGCUGCUAGUGCUGCUGCUACUGUCCACUUUUCCAAUCUCAAUUCGAUUCCAUUUCCGUUUUCACAUCUCCUUCUUCUCCUUCUCCCCCCACUUCCCCGUUCAACCACUCUUAUGUGAAAAGUGAUCGUAAAUCGGGAAAAACGAAUCGAAUUGGAGUUUAUUAGUUGUGUCCGAAUGAAAUUGGGUGACGAUGAUGAUGAUAGAAUCGAUUCGGGCGCCAGAUAGGUAACACCGAAGUGACGUGGCACUCGGUGAUAACGGCGGAGAGAAUGAGGAACGGGCGGUGCACGGCUGGAAGGGCAGUGAGGAAUCAUUAGGAAGAGACGUAAAUAGAUCCAAUUUGUGCUAGUUUGAACAACUGUAUUUCAGUGAAAACUCUGUGAAAGUUAAGAUUUUCAUACCAUUAUUCUUCGAGGAACACCAAAAAGUCAACUCUGGAGCCAGUUGUGUGACGUGGCUUCUUCUAAUUUCCAAAAACUUUUUGCAAAUGCCAAAGUGUCAAAUGUUUGCUGUUUGCACAGCUGUGUCCUCCUUCUCCCGCUGUAGUUCCACACCGUUCUCGUUCGUUUCGCCGUAUCCAGUCUGUGACGUGGCAAGUGACCACAAGCGGUUUCACUUUUUGGUUAAACGAUGAUACUCGUAUAAUAGUGGUAGUAGUGGUAAUUAUGCAACACUAUAAUAGCACUCUUACUCAUCGCCCCCCGCCGUUUCGUACAGUUCCACUCUCACGCAAUUCCAUGCUGUUUCGUUUGGAAAAGAGAAAGGGAGAGAGAGAGAGAGAGAGAUGAUUGUGCCGUGAAUAAUAGAAACGAUUGCAGAAGUACUGAAAGUACGUCAAGAGAAGAGAAUUCGUCCGUGGCGACCACAACAGAGUCGGCCACGUCUUCUGGUUUCCCAGCUCCCGCCAUGCCACCGGUCAGUUUCCAAUCGAUUCUAUUCAAAACGAUCUAUCGUAGCUGUCUGUGGAGAUAUCAAAAAGUUGUCAACUGAUAAAAUGUACACAAUAUCUUAGUUGAAAACUUUGUGAUAUCUCUUCAGGUAGCCGUCUUGAAGCCGUAUUGAAGUUGAUCUUAUUUCAGAGAAAAGGAAGCAUCGCCCAGACGAGCGUGAUCCAUUAUUCUCCGCCGGGAACAGUCCGUGCCUCUUUUCCACCUUCUGCCACGUCAUCUGUGGUCUCUGAAGACUCUGAUGAGAAUGUGGUGGUCGUUACGAGGAAGAGCAACAUUGUACUGGAAGAUGAGGAAUCGUGAGCCCUUUCCGAUUCAUUCUACCCUUACGCUUUCUCGUUCCAGAGUGAUUUCCACGCCCGUCAGCCAGUACGACGAGUGUCCCAUAGUCGAGAAGCCGCGGAAAAAACGGGCGGCCCCUCUACCACCACCACCGCCAGCUUCUGCUCGAACUCCAACUUCUCCGAUCUCUCCUCCUCCACACCAUCGCCAGUUCUCACAAGUCUCCCGAACGUCAUCCGAAUUCGCUCCUCCGCCACUUCCACCUCAUCAGCAGCAGAACGGAGAAAUCAAUGGGAACGGAAUGGACUACGAAGAAAUGCUGAAGAAUUUGCAGACCAAGUUCGAACAGUGGCACGUGGUGAGAUUGGAGGACGGCGGAUCGAUCCGAGAGGAGCGGAUCAAGGCGCAAGUGCUGAGGGAGCACGAGAAACUGCGGAUACUUCUGGAAAAUGAGCUGCUUCCGGGGUCCAAGAAUGGCACCGCGAGUUACAGUAACAACAACAAUAUCAAGAAGCAGCUGCCACUCAAAAUCCCUCAGUACGGUAACAUCUACAAACCGUCGAGUCCGUCGCCCCCUCGUGCGGUUCCCGGAGGUACCGUAUAUCAGAAGAUGAAGGCGAAUCCGGCUCCCGUGAGGUACUGUACCUUCUCUUUGCGCCUUUCGAAACGCUCAUGUUACAGGGAGAAGCCGUCGCCGCCUGCCACGUCAUCAUCAUUCUCCCCGAAAAGCACGAUGGAUGAGAAUCGAAAUGAGAUUCAAAAGGUUCAGACGCCGAACACUGUAAGUCGAGAAAUGCAGUUCAAUUGCUAUUCUCAUAGAAUUCAGGCGGCCGUUGAUCGUUUGCGACGAGAAGUUGAGGAGCAGAGAGAGCGAGAGAAGGAGGUCAAACAGUACCGUAAUCCGAAGAGUUUGGAGCGGAAGGAGCAGAUUACUGUAGUGACGUCACCGGAGCCGAAGAGGAAGGAGAAGCGGACACCGCCCAAGCCACCCACACCUCAGAAAUCCCCGAUUUCUCCGGUUUCUCCGGUCUCACCCGGUCCACGAAUGGUCGAGUACAAACCGAUGAAAGCACGUCUUCAGUCCGUGGAUUCUGAAGAAGUGGCUCCGCCCAUUCCGAAGACGCCGCCUCCGAAACUUGCAGAGUACAGGAAAGAGCAGCAGCCGCGAAUGCCGACCGUACAUCAGAAUGGAUACGUUCGAUUGCAAGUGGGAAAGAAGGCGCCGGCUCCUGCUCCUUCUCCGAGCUCCGAUGCUCCGAGAGCUCCAGCUCACGUGUACACCGGCCCCGAGUACGCUUCGUCUCCAAAACUGAUGCGGAAGGUUGCUCCGGCUCCCGCUCCGGCUCCAGAAGCUCAAAUGCCAAGGAAAGUGUACGCGACAACACCCGUCAGGGAAGAAAUCGUGUACCAGAAGCCGAGCUCUCAAGCCCAUCCUCAAGCUACCGUAUCGCAGUCACCGUACCAAAAGGGAAUGCUUUCUGCCACGUCGCCAAACAAGACAUCAAGUACAGUAUUCCCGCCAAAGACGCCUUCGCCGAUGAUGACGAGAGCCAUGUCCACGGAGGAAAAGCCGAGGAGUACGGUACCUGCUGCCACGUCAUCAAUGAUCCGAACGAUUUCAACGGAGAACAAGUCGACUACAGUAAUCCAGUCGCCAAUUUAUCAAAAGCUGCCGCAGAAAGACGAGGGACACUACAAGAAGUCUAUUAUUUCGGCGACCUCUUCUCCAGCCGACUACCGCAAGAUUCCCCCGGUUCAGAAGCCGACCACUGCUACGGUUUCCGCCACGUCACCACCAUAUCCUAAGGGCACAGGACCGACAGUAAUAACGAUUCCGCCGGUUGAGAGGACGCCACAAGCGACGAGAAGCGCCCCGAGGGUUCAGAAGCCACCGUCGACAGAAGGUUUCGACAUUUCGGAUAUUCUCAAAGGACCCCGACUGCGGAAAGUCGGAAUGCCAACCGAGAAAUCGGGAAUAUCACUCGGGAAAGUGGUGGAUACGGUAGCAGCAGACGCCCCGGCUCCCAGCACGAACCGCCCGUCUUCGGUGCCCCCUGCCGCCUCCCCCGCCGCCCCCGCCAGCGCCGAUUGCUCCGAAAAAUAUGGAUCUUCGCGAUUCUCUGAUGAGCGAAAUUCGAGAAGCGGGACGAUUACGAGCCGCCCGUGCGUCCCAAAAUGCUUAAACUUAACACUUAUUUUACUGGUUUUACCUCUAGCCCGUCUAUUUGAAAUUUUGUGAAGAAACGAAUAAAAUAAAAAGGUUAUUGUGAAACUGUGUCGAAUUUCUCAUGUACAUCUGAAUUUGCGACAUCUGAUUAGAAUACGGUGCAGAAAACGGUCUUUCAGACAUCUUUAUGCACAAUAUGCAGAGAAUUGAAACACUAAAAUUUCAGAGUGGAUAAUUUUAUUCCCCAAUUGGAAAUUCCAAACCAUAGCACAGCCUUCUUGUGUGAGAAACUUCAGUUCAUAACUUUCAGAAAUGAUUUUUUAUUUCAAUAGCAUCGUUUUUUGAACUUUUCAUCUGAAACCACUCAUUCUCGCGAAAUUUCCGAACUUUUCUCCCCAAAGUCGCCAAAUUGCGACGAAAUUCGCUUCACAAACAAGUCCGCAAUUGCGCGUGGCGGUGAACACUCGCCAAUGCAGACAACAAAUUCGACCGUAGCCGGCGAAUUUAGGCUCACCUAAAUUUUCAAUUUUUUAUUCUUGGACCCAAAAUUCGAGUCAACUCAAUGCUUCUAUAACUUUCUGUUACACGGAAAUUUUCCUAUAUUCCGCCCGGAACGGCAAGAAGAGAAAGGUAAGUGUUUGAUUGAAGAAUACAAUUGUUCAAGUUUUAGGAUUUACUAAAAUUUUUGUAAUUGAUUCUGGCACAUCUUUUAUCAUGACAAUGUAGAUUUUUUUGUUUGUAACACUGGAAUUAAGUGAGAGAAGCUUCAAUUUGCCCCCGUGUUUCGUCGAGAAUAAGUAUAAUUGCAGAAAUGGCUGAUGACUGGGGAUGCAAUGUGGAUCUGUUCGGGGAGUCGAACUCUGCCGAAAAACCCGUCGCCAAAUCACUCACCGAGCUUGUUGAUAGCCUCACGAAAAAGAACAUGGUAAGAAGAAACCGAUUUCUAUAUAGGAUUAAUGCAAACCAUGCUAUUUUUCAGAACGGAGCCCGACAAACUGUCAAAGUAACUCCUCAAGAGGCUGAGAACGUGAAGAUCGUUGCUCUCAAGAAGGCUCUUCCUACAAAGAUCGGGAUGGUCCACGCUCCGAAAAUUCUGAAAAAGAAAAAAGGAAGCGGCGGACACAACAACAACAACAACAAUGUGCUCAACGACGCCAACCCUAAGCGGGUGCACUUCGACGUAAGGCAGUUCUCGCUGAAAUAGGCUCGGUAUCAUCUCAUUUUCUUUCAGAUUGAACAAUUUCUGUCCAGAGAAGCAAGCAAAGGCGACCGAGUCGAGGCUCGUGAGCGAAUGCUCCAUGCUCUGGGAGCUGCUCCGUCGAAACGCGGCUACGUCAACUACAAGGAUUUGAAGGUGGAGCGGGCACAGAAGAAGGCGGAAGCGAAGGCUCAAGCUGAGAUGAAUCACGCCAACGGCCUGUCGCUUCUGGUCAAGAAAAAGAAAAGCAACAAGAAGAAGUAG